CCUGAACAUGGCUGAUUUUGGAGAGAUCCUCCGGAACAUCGGAGACUUUGGAUUAUUUCAGAAGAUCACCCUUUUUGCUCUUUGCUUUCCAAAUGUUAUUCUUCCUUUUCACUUUGCCAGCCUAUUUUUUAUCCAGUCAGAUCCAGAGCGACACUGUAACACGGACUGGAUCCUCAGAGCUGAUCCUAACCUGACCACAGACGAGCAGCUGAACCUGACUCUGCCCCGGGAGGAGGACGGGACCUUCAGCAGGUGUCGGAUGUUUGUCCCUGUGGACCGGGACAUCGGCUCCAUCAGGGAGUACGGACUCAAUGAGACCACAGGCUGCCAGAGUGGAUGGCUGUACUACAACACACUGUAUGAGGCCACCAUAGUCACUGAUUUUGAUCUAGUGUGUGACCAGGCUAAUUUGUUGGAAGUGGCACAAGCAGUGCUGAUGGCUGGCAUUCUUGUUGGCUGUCUCUUAUUUGGACCCUUUGCUGAAUCGUUUGGUCGUAAACGAGCAGCUCAGAUUCCAGUCGUUGUCAUGCUCAUAUUUACCAUAACAACUGGAUUAUGUCCCAACUUCUACUUAUAUUUGGCGUCCCAGUUCAUGGUGGGAAUCGGCUACGGAGGUUAUCGACUUAACGGCGUUAUAUUGGCCACUGAGUGGAUCGGGGUGGCCAGACGAUCAUGGGGAGCAUGUGUGACUCAGCUGUUCGGCGCAGUCGGACAGUGUCUCCUCGCUGCUAUGAUCUACUUCAUCAGGGACUGGAGACUGGCUCAACUUAUCACAGCAGCUCCACUCGCCGUGAUUGCUAUUUACAUAUGGUUUAUUCCAGAGUCAGCCAGGUGGUUGUUGGACAGAGGAAGGAUAGAAGAGGCUAAACAGCUGAUUACCAAAGUGGCGGCCAUCAACAAACGCACUGUCCCAGACUCUCUGCUGGAAAAGAUUGUUGUGAGAGAAAAUGAGAAAAAAGGAGGCAUAAUAAUUCUUAUCCAAUCACCUGUGCUUAGGAAGUAUUUCUUUACCUUAAUAUUGGGAUGGUUCUCACUGAACGUUACCUACUACUGCCUUUCAUUCAAUGUGGGAAACUUUGGCUUGGACAUCUUCCUGACACAGGCCAUGUUCGGUCUGACUGAACUACCAGCUCAUAUACUUUGCAUCUGGCUGCUGGAAGCACUGGGGAGAAAAGUGUCACUUAUGUCAACACUUCUGAUCGGAGGAUUCUUGUGCAUCUUAAUCCUGGCUGUUCCUCAAAGUAAUGCUAUUGCUGUUACUACAUUAGCAACUGCUGGACGUUUUUUCACCAAUUGGGCAGGAUCCAUCUGCAACGUGUACGUUCAGGAGCUGUUUCCAACAUCUUUCAGACAAACAGCUUCUGGUUUGGGCUCCAUUGCAAGCAGAGCUGGUGGCUUGCUGUCUCCGUUGCUCAACAUGUUGACCGUAUACCACUGGUCCAUACCCACCAUAGUCUUCAGCAGUCUUACGCUGGUCAGUGGAGCGCUUGGCUUCCUGCUUCCUGAGACCAGGAGAAAAGAGCUUCCUGAUUCAACCGAUGAGGCGGAGGGCAACAGAAAUAAGGCGGCCAUGAAGACCCAAAGUGCAUCAAGUAUACCUACACAAAACAAAUCAACCAAACUGUAGUCUGAAUAUAUCUGUUACUUACUUUACUGUGUGUUGUUGCUCUGUCCUUCCACUUUGGUCCAUAGUCAAACAGCUACUGCCACUACUUUUGUAUGUAAUUUGCUGUUGAUAUUCAUUGACCUCAGAUGAUAAAUUCAGAUAAUAAUUUCAAUUCGUACACAAGACCAUCCAUCCAUCCAUCAUCCAUCCAUCCAUCCCUCCAUCCAUCCAUCCAUCCAUCCAUCCAUCCAUCCAUCCAUCCAUCCAUCCAUUUUCUGUUGUUUACCUGAGUGCAGCCUGUGGUAGCAGUAGGUUAAGCAAGGUAGUCCAGACAUCCCUCUCCCCAGCGACGCUUUGCAGUUCCUCCUCGGGGACCCUGAGGUGUUCCCAGUUCCACAUGAGAUAUGUAGUCAUGCAAGAAAUAUUGAAUUAUAAUUAUAAUUAGAAGGCUGACAUGAAAUUUACUUAAGAUUUUCAUUCAUUUAAUUUAGGACACUUCAGUCGUUUUCUUGUUGUGCCACACUCCAGCCAUGUGAGCUUUACAAACACAAAGGUAUCUCCAAAUCUAAUGAGCUGAUAGCUCUGGAAGAUACUGAGCACAUUCAAACCCACAAGGUAAAAAACCCAUUUAAUUUUAGUGACUCCAUGUCUUUACCUCUUGUGCCACCGUCUGGACAAACUUCUUAAAUACCCAAGAGAUGAACAGUCUCAACCAACAAAAGUAUUUAAUAGCUUUAAGACAUAUUGAAUAUUAAAAGUAAUAAUUGCUGAAUUGCUUUUAGCUGCUUCAGUUUAAGAGUCCUGGUACUGUGCACGCUGGCUCUCUGUCAUAUAGUCAUGGCUUACUGGGACACUAGCGACUCCACGCCAACAAGGCUCACUCACAACGCUGUAAAACAGUGACAGAUUGAUCAAAUUAACUAACGAUUUAACCACUGAUUUCGAUGCCUCCACUGUUCGGUCGGUCGGUCAGUUUGUCUUUGCAGCGGUUGUGCAUUCUCACCAUGCUGUUUUCACAAAUACCAGUUUUCGUGCGGGAUAUGAUUUUUGUGCAUACACGUCAUUUAUACAAAUUCAAAGUCCCAGAUGAGGCUCUUUCACCUGUUUGCGUCAUACACCAAAGUGCAAUCUAACAUCUUUUGUUGUUUCAGCCUAAAUAUUUGAGGUAAUGUCAUCUCAUGCUUACUUUUUACCUUGAACUAAUAUAGUUGUGUUAAAUAAAUUAUUAACUGUU